AAUUGAGCCAACUAGGGCUGGCGGGAGGGCGCUUCCUUCUGGUGCUGGGUCCUGACUAGGGACUGCCUGGGUGAGGUGAGGACCUGGUGGCCGCAGUUGUGGCACUGUGCGCAGGCGCGGAACUGACCGGACCGAGCGGGCGGCUGUGGCCUCGCCAGCUGGUUUAAAAAUAUCCUUUUUUGCUGAAGGAACACAUUUGCUGAUAUAGUUUCAGAAUGUCAAGUACUGUGUCCUACUGGAUCUUAAAUUCUACAAGGAACAGCAUUGCCACAUUGCAAGGGGGCAGACGCUUAUACUCCAGGUAUGUCUCAAAUAGGAAUAAAUUAAGAUGGAGGCUCUUUUCCCGAGUGCCACCCACCCUAAACAGUUCCCCAUGUGGUAGCUUUACUCUGUGCAAAGCCUACAGACACACAUCAACAGAGGAAGAUGAUUUUCACUUGCAACUCAGCCCUGAGCAGAUAAAUGAAGUGCUUCGAGCUGGCGAGUCAACCCACAAGAUUCUUGACCUUGAAAGCAGAGUCCCAAAUUCAGUGUUGCGGUUUGAGAGCAACCAGCUGGCUGCCAAUUCCCCAGUGGAGGACCGGCGAGGUGUAGCUUCCUGCCUGCAAACCAAUGGACUGAUGUUUGGCAUCUUCGAUGGACAUGGCGGUCAUGCAUGUGCCCAAGCAGUGAGCGAGAGGCUCUUCUACUACGUGGCAGUGUCCCUGAUGUCCCACCAGACUCUGGAGCACAUGGAGGGAGCUAUGGAAAGCAUGAAACCCUUGCUGCCUAUCCUGCAUUGGCUCAAGCACCCGGGGGACAGCAUCUACAAGGAUGUCACAUCUGUGCAUCUUGACCACCUCCGUGUCUAUUGGCAGGAACUGCUUGACUUGCACAUGGAAAUGGGACUAAGCAUUGAAGAAGCGUUAAUGUACUCCUUCCAGAGACUGGAUUCUGACAUCUCGCUGGAAAUCCAGGCCCCGCUGGAAGAUGAGGUGACAAGGAACCUGUCACUCCAGGUUGCUUUCUCUGGGGCAACAGCUUGCAUGGCCCAUGUUGAUGGAAUUCACUUGCACGUGGCAAAUGCUGGUGACUGCCGAGCCAUCCUUGGUGUCCAGGAGGACAAUGGCAUGUGGUCUUGUCUGCCCCUUACACGUGACCACAAUGCCUGGAACCAGGCUGAGCUGUCCCGGCUAAAGAGGGAGCAUCCUGAGUCAGAGGACAGGACGAUCAUCAUGGAGGACAGGCUGCUGGGCGUCCUCAUCCCCUGCAGGGCCUUUGGGGAUGUUCAGCUGAAGUGGAGUAAAGAGUUGCAGCGCAGCAUUCUGGAGAGGGGCUUCAAUACCGAGGCCCUCAACAUUUACCAGUUCACACCCCCACACUGCUACACUCCACCCUACCUGACUGCUGAGCCUGAGGUUACAUACCACAGGCUGAGGCCCCAGGAUAAGUUCCUUGUGCUGGCCUCAGAUGGCCUGUGGGACAUGCUGAGCAAUGAGGACGUGGUAAGGCUGGUGGUGGGGCACCUGGCUGAGGCAGAUUGGCACAAGACAGACCUGGCCCAGAGACCCGCCAACUUGGGGCUCAUGCAGAGCCUGCUGCUGCAGAGGAAAGCCAGCGGGCUCCACGAGGCUGACCAAAAUGCAGCCACGCGGCUGAUCAGACAUGCCAUCGGGAACAAUGAGUAUGGGGAGAUGGAGGCAGAGCGGCUGGCGGCAAUGCUGACAUUGCCAGAGGACUUGGCGAGGAUGUACAGGGAUGAUAUCACUGUCACUGUGGUGUAUUUUAACUCAGAAUCAAUCGGUGCAUAUUACAAGGGGGGUUAAGAAUCUCCCAUCCUAUUGUCAAGGUUAACAUAAAUGCUCUUCUGAAACGUUUCACUUACUCCUAAACUAGCUAUCCAAACCUUACUAUUAGAAGUGUGGGCAGAUUUAAUUUGCUAAAUAGACUCACAGGAGGAAAAAAACAAGCAGCCUAGCUUUAAAAACAGUGAAAUAGCAGUGAUUUCAUGUCCCUGUAUGUUCUGAUUAAGUCUUAUAUGCAGAGAGGACAGAGCUUAAAGUCUACAGAAUUGGCUUGGGCUCGUGUAGCCCAAGUCAUUUGAUAAAGAUGUUGUUAAACUGUGUCAGCCUGAGCCUUCAAAGGGUGAAUUUAAUCAUGAUUCUGAGAAUAAAGAACUUCAGGAUCUUCUUAGGUCUUGCCACAAAAAUCUGCAAAUUUGAUAAUUCUCCUGAAUUCACAAUCAUGGACUUCUAGACUAUGAAGAGAUAUUUUAUUUGUUUGUCUUUUAUUUAAAUUACUAAGGCCUAGGUUUACAAAGCAUACUACAGGACACUUUUCUAUGCAAUAUCCUAACUGUUUUUUUGUGAUUAUGCUUGUGAGAAAUUUUGUAAUACUACGUUCUAGUUCUGUUUUUGUUUAUUUUAAAACUGAAUCCUUAAACUUGCAAA